ACAGCUGGAAGAUUCAAAACAAGGAUGUUUGGAGUUAAGAGAGAGCGUCUGAAUUUCAGCUUCGGGACCCCCACUGGCUCUACCAAGGGUCGCCAGGGGCUUCUGUCAUGGCGAGGCAGAGACCUUAGAGGACCCUGCUCCCCUGCCGCCUCUGCCAGCCCCUACAAGGCCUACACCCCCUUCUUUGGGACCCCUGGAUACCCUUCUCCUUUGGACCGCGUCAGGUUGAGGAAGGCAGUGUCCCCGCAGUGUGGCCAUGCUAGCUUCUCCCACCUGCCCCGCCGCCACCACCGCACCUCGCCUCGCUCCCUCCACCACGCCGCCUCCCUGCCACGUCUGACUGCCAUGACAGGCGAUGGUCUCCACAGUUUCAGCUUCUCGCCGGGCCUGGCCAAAGGCUCCUUCAGCAUCGGCCACAGGGACUCUCACUGCAGCGCCUCUCCCGGACACUGGCUCUUCAGAACGUUUGUGGGAGGUGGUGGCGACGGAGGACACAGUUCCCCUCUCCCCUCCUCUGUCCUUAACCCCAACAAAGCCAUCUUCACCCUCAACGCCUCCUCCAGGAUCCUGACAGCCAAUGACAUGUGCUCAUUGCUUCUUGGAGAGUCCGAGGAGAAGCUGUGCGGGGGCUCCAGGAGACUCUCGGAUUUCAUCUCCUGCCCCGUUACUGCACGCUACCUGGCCAGCCUUGCCCCGGAUGCCACCCCGAUCCCCGAGGAAGUGCCCCUAGAUUCCCUCAUGCCCCCAGCGUCGCCAGGGUUCGAUGCUGCAGACGGAAAAGGAGCUGUGAUAUUUAGCGGGAGAGUGGUGAGUGUUGAGACAAGUGAAAACGGAAGUCAAUUGUGUUCCCUGUGGCUGAAGGGUUUGCCAAGAGAGGCGGGGCAGGAGCAAAGGUGGAUGGCUGUGCUGGAGCCUAUUGAAGUUACACAGGCGAAGGCCACAGUGGACUACAUCGGCACCAUCCUGGACAGUGAUGAAGCUUUUCGUGCUCUCUUCAGCUUCCCAGAUACAGUGAUCAUCAGUCAUCUGGAGAAUAUACACAACCUCAUUCCCAGCCUCCAGCUCCCUUCGCCGCCCCCUGCUCCACCCUCCUCGUCAUCCUCUUCCUCAUCCUCCUCCUCUGUGCCCCCAUCUGUGCUGCCUGUGGAGUUAGAGCAGCAGCAGUGUACAGGAGUGAGUGUGGAGGGCAGCAGCACCUUCCCCCUGUGUGUGCAGUUGUCCCACCACCACCCACAACCACACUCUCACACCUCACACACUCCCGCACUCAAUCUAGACAUCUCGGUGUUCUCCAAUAUCAGUGGCCUGGUUGUGCUGGACAGUUCAGGAAACAUAAGCGACUACAACUACAACUUCACCCGUUAUCUCUUCGGCUACGGCCAUGGGGAGCUGGAUGGCCAGAGUAUUUCCCUCAUCAUCCCCUCCAUCUUUGAGGACAUGGGGCAGGUGCAGGAGCUGGGCUGUGAGGAGGAGGUGUCCACGGGAAGCUACUGGCAAGAGGAGGAUGAGGACGAGGAGGACGAAGAGGAGCUGGAGGUAGAAGUGGAGGUGGAGCUGGUGGAGGAGGAGCAGGAAGAGGACAAGGAGAUGCAGAAGGAGAAUAAACAGAAGGGCGAACAACACACCAAAAUAACACAACUUAUCAUGGAUCAGAAUAUCAAACCAAGCAACAACAACACCACUGCUGCCACCACCACCACCACCACCACCACAGCGUCACACAGCCAGGCCAUGAGGGACAUUACAAACUCCCUCAAUGCAGCGGACCUCAAGCCGCAGCCACAGCCACAGCAGCAGUGCCUCUACAACACCUGGGUGGAGGAGAAGAGUGGUGAUGAGAACAAGAUGAACAAGAUGCCAGUCUCAGCCCUCAUCACCUCCACUCCCUCCGCCAAGGAGUGCAUCACCUCCCGGCCUCCUGCAGACCCCAUAGAGCAGGGUACCUUUUUCGGGGUCGGCAGGCACAAGGAUGGCUCGGACUUGAGAGUCAUUUACCAAAUCCGGCGUGUGGUUCUGGACACCCUGGAGGAGGAAGAGGAGGAUGAGGAGGAGAUGAAGGAGCGAAAGGGAGACACUGGAGGAGGCGGAACAGGGACGGUCUUCUAUUACAUGUGGAUUCUGAACGACAGGGAUGGAAUGGUGGAUGACGCACCCUCCACCCUUGAUCUCACUCGAACAUCUCUCCAUGACACUACGGAGCUUUCCCUUGGCCAUGCCAUCACACGCGAGGCUCAGGAACAGAAGCAGCAGCAGAAGGAGGAGGAACACAAGCAGAAAAGCAAGAAGAAGGAGGUGGAGGAGGAGGAUGAGGAGCUGGGUGACGAAACAGUGGAUUCCUCCUACUGCCCCUCCUUCACCUCCUCCUCCGAGUGUGGCGGCGAAGGGGAGCACAGCCACACUUGUACGGACGGCAGCUCAGGGGCAGAGUACUCCCUCAACCACUCCCGCAGAGGGGGACGCCACUCUUCCUCCUCCGCACCUGAGGAAGAGAAGGAUGUCCCGGAGGAGGGAGAGUUCAGCCAGCACUACCAGAUCCUCAAGCAGAUUGGGAAAGGUGCGUUUGGCUGCGUCAAGCUGAGUUACCGCUGCUCCGACAGCCUGCUGGUGGUGACGAAGUUUAUCAAGAAAUCCAAAGUGUAUCGGGACAGCUGGGUGGAUGACAUGGUCCUGGAGCGUAGGGUGCCUCUGGAAGUAUCCCUACUCAUGAGUCUGGACCAUCCUAAUAUUGUCACGGUACUGGAUGUCUUUGAAAACGACAAGUACUUCCAGCUGGUCAUGGAGAAGCUUGGGUCUGGAAUGGACCUCUUUGAGUUUAUCGACCGAAACCCCAAACUUGAUGAAUUCUUGGCUGCCCACAUCUUUCGGCAGAUUGUGGCAGCCCUCACGUACCUUCACUCCCUCAACAUUGUGCACCGCGAUGUGAAAGAUGAGAAUGUUAUAAUGGACAAUCGAUUUCAUGUCAAACUCAUCGACUUUGGAUCCUCGGCCUUCACCGCCCCGGGCAAGGAGUUCUCGCAGUUUGCCGGCACUGUUGAAUACUGCAGUCCAGAAGUGCUUAUGGGGAACAAAUAUACAGGGUAUGAAGUGGAGGUGUGGUCCCUGGGUGUGACUCUCUACACCUUGAUGUAUUGGGAGAACCCUUUCUAUGAUGUGGAUGAGACAAUUAAGGGGGUUCUCAAUAUUCCCUACGAGCAUUCACCAGAACUGACAUCACUGCUGAAGGGGAUGAUGGAGAAGGACGUCAGUGCUCGCCUCACACUGCCACAGGUUGAGAAGCAUCCCUGGACACAGCUGCCUUGUAACCCAGAGCAGUACACCUUCCAUCAUGUUGUGCACUGCUCCAAGAGGGAGCGUAACCCCAAACACUACCUCAGAGACUAUAUGCAGAACGGAGAAGACACAGCUGCCUCCUCCCGCAGCUUCUUGGACGAGGACCUUCAUCAGAAGCACCUCGUGUCCACCCCUCCGCCUCUGUCUAUCCGUCGUGCUAACUCUGCCACCACGCCGCGCCGCCCCAGUCACCCCAACAAGAACCGGGACAGGUUGUGGUCAGCCUCCCCGCUCAGUGUGUGUCCGGCAGCAGCAGUAGCAACAGCAGCGGCAGGAAACAAGAGUCCCACGUGUGUGCCAGACCGCUGCCGGACCCCGAGUGUGGCCUCCUGCUCCACGCACUCCAGGGCCUCCACCACCCACUCCCUCUCCUCCAUCAGGAGCACAAUCACAGUAGACUCAGCCUCCUUCUCUGCCUGCUCUCCCCACUCCUCCUCCCCAUCCUCCACCACCUCCCCUUCCUCUUCCUCCUCUUCCUCUUCCACCACCCCCACCACUGCAACUGCCUCGGAUUGGGCCAACACUCAAUGCAAGUCCACCUGUAUCUCCUCCACCUGCCAGGACUCUUCCACGCCUCUCUCUGACUCAACGCCAAGCUCAGACUCAGGGAGCAGCCACAGCACCCUGGAUGACCCUUGUUGCCCCCUGAGCCCCUGCCCUGUCGAGUCUACCUCCUGCCACCACCAUCGCCACCACCACACUUCCAGCGGGGACCAGCACUACAGCCAUGGCUCCUCUAGCUGCGAGGGGAGCCAGGGGGCAUGCCACUCCUCCAGGGACACCAGCUGCUGCUCAGACCAUUGUCCCAGCUGGCAGGAGAGCUCAAGAUGCACGUCACUGUCACAUCAUCGAACUAAGCAGGAUUUCCUCUCCUCUCUCUUCUCGUACUCCUCCUCAUCGACCUCCUCCUCCUCCUCCAGUUCAUCCUCCUGCUCUUCUUCCUCCUCUGCCUCGUCGCCAGAAUCCAGCCCACAGAAGUCCCACAAGUCAUCAAACUCAACAUUCAAUAGUGACACUCUGUUCUAUAGUGAGCCGUUCUCCUUCAGUGACCUCCUGAGCCUCACCGACCUGGACCUGAUGGAGGGCGUCCUGCCGCACCCCUGUGACCCCCUGUGGGAUGACAGCACCCCUGACAGCCCCUAGCCUAGUGACCUGAUCUGUAAUGUCUUGGUUUUACAUGCUUUCCUUACAGGGUUGUAAUGCACUGCAUCUUCUAGCACCUUUUUUUUUUUUUCUUUCUUUCAUCUCUUGCAUCUUUUCUUUCAUUCCCUCUUUUCUACUUUUUUCCUUUCAUUUCUUCCUCUUUUUCCUCUUCUCUCCCCUGAUUUUUUGUGAGUUACUCCUCUUGUUCCCUUUUUUUCUGUUCUUUCCCUCUUUUUCUUUUUCUAUCUUCCUGUGUUUUGUGACAGUUAUCCCUCUCUUUUCCUUCAUUCAUUUCUUUCUCCCUUUUUUCCUUUUUCCAUAUUUUCCUCUGUCUUUACAAUGUGCUUUCCUGUUAUUGUAAUCCCAGCAUCUCAUCUACAUUCCCCCUUUGUCUCCCGGAAUGCCAAUCAUUUUUAUGCACCAUUUGUCAGACAUCACUCAUUUUUCCCUCUCUCUCUCUCCUCAUACAGGGAAUCCAGGCAUUAUUUUUGUAUGGGAACUCUUUGAAGACAUUCCUCUUGUAUGCAUUUACGUAAUAGUUAAGGAGAUACCAAGAAUCAGUAAUAUAAGGGAUGAUACUUAGAUGAGUGAGAUGCGAGACACAGCAGGAGAGUCGUAAAAGUGAGGAAUUGUAUGUUACUAAAUCAUAACGUUGCAUUUUUUUUCCUUUGUACAGGAUGUGCUUAUCAUUACGACUCGUUAUUUCACCUGUGCACUUUCAAGAGGACAUGUAAGGGUUGGGUUAUAGAUGUUUAAGAAUUACUGGUAACUUCUCUUCAGUCCCUCUGCAUUUUUUGCACGUUUUGGUAAUCGUUGCCUUUCGUUUCAUCUAUACGUUUGAAAAGAAAUGUAAGGGAUUGUAGUUCUGUGAGAGAUCAUUGGUAAUUUCUCUUCAGUCUUUCUGUUUUCUUGAACUUUUUUAUAUAUCUUUAGGUUUAGGUUACUGAUUCCUCCUCUUUAUUUUUUUCAGUCAAUUUUAAAGUGUGGGUCUUCUGAGGCAGUCAUAGUUUUUUAUCUUGUUUAUGUAUAGCUGAAAAUGCCUUUGUAUGCUGGGUAUGUAUACAAGAUGGCCCAGUUAUGAUGUACAAGACAUGAGGUGAAUAUUUUGGGCUCAUUUCAGCACUCAGUGACAAAAAAAAUUACGUAUGAUGAUCCUAAAAUUCGUAAAGUUUUGUACAUUAUAACAGGGACGCCUCGUACUUACCUGCAGGAUUUAAACGUGAUGUGCGUCUGCUUGGUUCAAACAUUCCUACACGCGAACAGAGGGACUGGAUUGUCUUCAGAGGUACAUUUGUGUUGUUCAAAAUGCAGUGCCAGAAACUAUAGUGAAUAGACAAACUUGAUAGAUACAAACUACUACUACUAUUACUACUACGUGUACUACUAGCAAAGGGAGUUAAUCACUAGACACAGUAUAAACGAAACGCAUGGAAACGCCAGUGAAGUCUUGCCUCUAUGUAUAUUAUAUUUAUAGACGCCGCAAGACUCAAAUACUUAUUACGUCGAAACAUUUAUAAUAGCUUCAUGUUUAACUUCAGAACUUGCAUGUUGAGCUCUCACAUAACCUCACCAUAUGCUCGACACAUUCACCAUGCCUGGCACCUCACCGUCACUAUCACUGCCCCUUUUUGUGAGGUGCGCCAGGUUCCCGUCACCUCAGCAUCACAGUGUUAGCAGCAGCAGCAGCAGCAGCAGCAGCAGCAGCAGGCAGAACGUUCACAGUCAAGCAGUCUCUUAUAUAAGCUGCAAGGAGACUAGGCACUGCAUUCACCAAUCUUUGUGUUUUUUAUUUCACCAUAACAAUGUUUCCUUUAAGUUGUCUGGCUCUUGUGGUUGGUUCUGCUGAUGAUAUUAAUUUUUUGGGCUGUAUUUUUAGUUUGUUAGGUCAUCUUGCCUUCAAAUUUUAGGGUGAAGCUCAUUGCGCAAACUUUAAAACCAAUGUCAAGAUUUUUUUAUUAUUAUUAUUAUUAUUUAGGUAAAGAUAUUGAUUUUAGUAAUGUUUUGCUGCUUCAUGGGUCGUUUUUAGCCAUUUCAUCAUCUUAGCUUCAAAUCUUAGGCUCAGAUUCAUUUUUCAAACUUUUAAAACCAAUAUAAAUAUCAGAUGUCUUAUAUUUGGUAAAGAAAGGGUUGUUUUUUUAUUGUUUCUUCACAUCAUGGGUGAUUUUAAUUUAUUAGGUCACAAGUGCAAAUAAAUUACUGCAAGGCUUCAGGUUCAUCAUUUCUUUUAAUGUGAAGAUCAAGUGCCCAUGUUUUAUUUUGCCAUAGUAAGGAUUGUUUGUAGUUCAGUUUUGGUGCUCCUCAGGUGAAUGUAAUCAAUAAUGACACAGGUAUGCAUUAGCAGCAAAGUUUACAUUUAUAUUCACAAACAGAAAACCUUUGUAAAAAAAAAAUGUAUUCUUGGUUCGUGUCUAAGUUCAAGUUCACUACACAAACUUCUCAAAAACUGAGAUCAUUUCGUUCGCCCGUGUACAUUUUACAAGGCAAUACUUUGUUGACGCCCUUCACGUAUUACUGAGCCCACUUGUGACGCAUGAAACAGACGUACGUACACUCCAGUCAGAGCCCCUCUUGUAGAUAGCGUAAGUUCAUUUUUUAUACAGAACCACAAAUCAUAGGGUAGCGUAUUUUUGUCGCCUCGUCUCCUUCCUUCCCAGUCUCUCCAUCUCUCUUAGACCAUUAUAUACGUAAUUUCUCAAUCAGGUGCAGUCUUCAUCAGCAGCCAAGUGACUUGCUGCAUUCACAUCCACUUGUGGCGUUUCCUUCCAGUCUUGAGUCCCCAGGUCUUCUCGCAGCAUCAGUUGUCGGGUUUUGUAACGUUGUCAGAUCAUGGGACUCAAGACUCAGGGAAACAGAGACUCAGGCUGUAUAAUCCUGUAGCAAAGUCUAUUUAUACCAGGACAGGGUGGCUCAGACAAGGCACCACACUGUAUAAUCCUGUUGUGGAAAAUCUAUCUAUCUGUAUCAGACUGGGGAUCCUGUAUAGGGUGGCUCAGACAAAGCACCACACUAUGUCUAAUCCAGAAAGUCUAUCGAUGUACAUACCAGGCUGGUGAUGUCAAACAGGAUGACCCAGCACUCCCACUGAUGUCAUUUGCACUCCUAGGAAAGGGAGUCUUGUGGACCACCCUACUACACCCCAAUAGCAAAUAAUACAGGCAUUAAACAAGAUAUCAAUGAAAAAAUCUACAGCAGAAAAUAAAGAAAAUUAAAAAGGCAUGACUGUGGAAGUGACUGCAGCAGGUGACAAGACUUAUGAUCUCGACUGCACAGUACUUAACUAACAGAGGAACAUCUAAGGGAAGAAGCUAGUCAGUGUUGCCUUAAAUACAUGAUAUAUAUAUACCACAGUAGAGGUAACUUAUGUACUACAUAGACCUGUGGAUGUCUGUGUGUCCUUACUCAGUCACCUUCGUUAUUUCUGAGUACCUAAACUCUUAUUAUUCUCAGGAUGUGUUGAUAUCCAAAUGCAGGGCAGUUUUGGGUUUUUUUAUUUUUUUUUUUAUUUUUGUGUUUAUUUAUUGAUUUAUAUAUUUUUCAUUCUUGCUGUUAUUUAUUUAUUUAUUCCUUUUGUCUCUCUCCUUGUUUUUAUCUGUCAUGGUUUAUGAAAGAUGUUUUGGUUUAUUUUCAACAGGACCAUUUUAUUUCACAAGUUAUUGAAUUCAGAUGUAGAUUUUUUUUUUUUUUUCUUUUCUUCCUCAUCCAUCCAUCCUCUCUCCAUUUUUCCUUGGUUUUGUCUGUCCUGGUUUGUGAGGUUCCUUCAGUUCAUUGUGUGUGAGAGAGUCUGAAUUCACUUUUCUCAUCCAUUACUUUAAUCCAUCGUAUUUGAAAACUGUCUGAAUUCGUCUUUCCCUUCCAUUCCUUCUGUUCGUCAUAUGUGAAGGCGUCUUAAUCCGUCUUUUCCUCCCAUUCCUUCAGGUCAUUGUGUUUGAGAUCUCAGAGUCGGUUUAUUUCCUCCCCCCUUGUAAUGUUUCAUAUUUGAGAGUCCCGAGUUUAAUUUUUCGUGUAAUUGUUCAUCGUUGCCCCCGUCGCCGGCCUUGCUGUGCUGUCAACAUUCCAGGCAAGAUUGUGUCAAGGUACAAAUUAACAUUAAGUUGCUUCUUCUUCUUCUUCUUCUUCUUGCCAAGCCGAAGAGAUGUUUAGUUCGUAUUACUGUUUCAUGACUUAUUUUAUACCUACAGUGAUCAUUAUACAUAUUAUUGCCUAUACCUUUUAUCGAUCUGGCCAAUUAUACUUAACACCAUUCAU